AUGGACAGCAAAGCUGUUGCUGACAAAAUUAAGAAGCUCCAGGCUAAUGCCGAGCUUGUUAAGAUCGGUGGAAAGGGAGUGCCAAGAAGAAAGAGAAAGGUUAUCCACAAGACCGCUGCUGCUGAUGACAAGAAGCUCCAGAGUAACCUCAAGAAGCUUUCCGUAACCAACAUCCCAGGAAUUGAGGAGGUUAACAUGAUCAAGGAUGACGGAACUGUUAUCCACUUCAACAACCCUAAGGUUCAAGCUUCAGUACCAGCUAACACUUUCUCCAUCACCGGAGGAGCCGAGAACAAGCAAAUCACCGAUAUGCUUCCUGGAAUUCUCAACCAACUCGGCCCUGAGUCCCUCACUCACUUGAAGAAGUUGGCUAACAAUGUCACUAGCCAAUACAAGACUGGUGAAGAUGAAGAUGUACCUGAUCUCGUUGGAGACUUUGAUGAAGCUUCUAAGAACGAGGCUAAGGCUGAAGAGAAAGCCUAA